GCAGCGAGGAAACUAUAGAACCCAACUACACCAGCAUAGAGCAGCUGUUUUGCUUUCCACAACCAACCCCCAAGGAGAAGACAGCCGCCCCCGUGAAGGCGGAGCCAAAGGAGCUCCAAUGAAGAGGUGACUGCCAUGAUCCAGAAUGGGGACCGGACCAAAUUCGACGUUGAGGUUCUGAAGCAGUUGCUGAAGCUGCUGCCUGAAAAGCAUGAGAUAGAAAACCUGAAGGCCUUCAAAGAAGAGAAAUCAAAGCUAGCAAAUGCAGAUCAGUUUUAUCUCCUCCUCCUUCAGAUUCCCAGCUACCAGCUGCGCAUUGAGUGUAUGCUGAUCUGUGAAGAGACCACUGUCGUGCUGGACAUGAUUCAGCCCAAAGCUGAAGCCAUCAGGAGAGCCUGCGAAGAUCUUCUGACCAGUCAUCGCCUGCCGCUCUUUUGCCAACUGAUUCUCAAAGUUGGAAACUUCCUGAACUACGGAAGUCACACAGGCGAUGCUGACGGGUUUAAGAUCAGCACUUUGCUCAAACUAACAGAAACCAAAGCAAACCAGACCCGCAUUACGCUGCUCCACCAUAUUCUAGAGGAAGUAGAAAACAGCCACAAGGACCUACUGGAACUGCCAAAGGAUCUUGAAUAUGUUUCAAAAGCAGCAGGAAUUAAUCUUGAUAUCAUACGCACGGAGUCCGGUACCAAUUUAAAGAAGUUGCUGGAGCUUCAGCGGAAAGUCUUAUCAUCAAAUGAUGAUGUGAAACAACAGUACGAGAAACCAAUCCAGGAUAGCAUUGAUGCCUCCAAAAAGCUGGAAGAAGAAUUUGAAACCAUUGAAAGGAAGAGAGAAGAACUUGCAAAUUACCUCUGUGAAGACCCAAGCAAGUUGUCCUUAGAGGACAUAUUUAGCAUCAUGAAGACCUUCAGAGAUCUCUUCAUCCGAGCCCUGAAGGAAAACAAGGACAGAAAGGAGCAAGCUGCCAAAGCAGAGAAGAGGAAAAAACAGCUGGAAGAGGAAGAGGGGAAGAGACAAAAGGGAGAAAAUGGAAAAGUCAUUAAGAAGGGUUUGGGGAAGCAGGACGAGGUGUGUGUCAUCGAUGCACUGCUAGCCGACAUCAGGAAAGGGUUCACACUGAGAAAGACAAAGAACAGACAUGAGUCAGAUGCAAUUCCUAAACCCUUGUCUGAGGAGAGCCCGGAGGAAAGCCAGUCUGGAAAGAGCAUUAAGGAUCCACAAGCAACAGGGAAGCAGAUGAAUGAUCAGACCAAGCAAAACAAGAAUGGCCAUCCCUCAGAAAGCACUCCCCCCUCAGCCACUGCCCUGAUGGAGAUGGAUGGAGGUGUUACAGAUGCUUCAGCUUCAAACCAGGUGUUACCUAAAAACAACACUGGAGGAAGUUUGCCGUUGGAGUCCCAGACCGAAAGCCCGUCCGUGAGAUUGGUGGAAGCUGAUGGGGCUGGUCAGCUUGUGCCUGGCACUGGGACGGAGCAGACAGACAACUGGGCAAGCCUCCAGCCGAGCACAGAGGGCAGCUCCAUUACCUUCUCUUUGGCUGACACAGGCACGAGGAUAAGCUUUGUGAGCAGCAGUUCAGCCACUGCUCUGAGAGACCAGCUCAGCUGGACUAAUGGGUCCCUCUCAGAAGGCCAGGACAAGGAAUGCCCAGCUGAUGGCUCAGAGAGCUACAGGCUGGCACAGGAGCCAGAACCCCAGCUGAGCAAGACCGGGACGGACCCCGGCAGCGCUCCCUGCAGUGAGGCUCAUCAGGCAGAGUCAAAAGAGAUGACAAAGGAAAACGAAGACCCUGGUACAGACUCGCUGUUGGACACCUCUCAGGAGAAGUCCUUCUCAGAGGAGCCAGCCACUGACUCCUCUUGUUCAGCAACACUUCCCCCAGAGCAAACUCACACCGACAGGGAAAAGCAGAGGCCACCUGGGAAACGAAAGAAGAAGAAGAGGCACAGCAAAAGCUACUCAGAGGUUGAGAGUGAUACUGGAGAUAAUAAAACAAAAAAAGGUUGUGUGACACAAUGAGGUGUCACAGCAAGGCAGAAGGUAUAAGAGAGACCAAGUGAACCACUCUCAUGUCCCUGGAGCACUGCCAGCUUGCCAGAAACCAGGUUCUGCAUCGAUGAAAUGCCACCACGGACACCUUCUGCCCCGCCUAGAUGCACCACUUCUCCUCCUGCAGCCUUUCUCUCCCCUCCUGAGGACCUAAAGAGCCUCCCCAGAGACCUUGGACCCCUCAGCCCGUGCCUAACACCAGGCACCUGGGAAAUGGGGGAUGGUUCUGCAUAUGGCAGCAGUGAAAGGGUCAGACCUUUUAUUCACCAUCGUGGAAGCCGAGUCUUUUAACCUGCUCUUAAGCCAAACUCCUCUUGAAAUGACAGCUGAGUGUGGCCUAAGAAUGGACUACAGUGUUUAGCCCUCAGAGAAACGUUAAAAAUAGCAGUGCCUCAACUAAAUUAAGGGUAUAAAUUAAGCAGUGGCUGUACCACCACAGGUGGAAGUGUGUUAACUCCCUCUUCUCAUCACCCACUGACAAUUUAUAUUGGAUCAGGUCCAAGACCCAGAUCAGACAAAUGUAUUUUUACUCUCAGUCAUUUAAAGCAAGGGAAAUCAGUUACAGGGAGGGGAAAAAAAAAGUAAAAUAAAAAAAAAGAUAUAUUUUAGUAGGCAUAUGGCCAUAUAAACAGUGUGUGGUUCCUACAUAAUGCUUAUGUGCAAUUAAGUUGAAGCACGUCAGUAGUCUUAAGUAGUCUCGUCACACACACUGAAGUGUCCAUCAACUUUUGGAGAACCAGGGCCCUAGUUCCUCUUAUUAAAGCAACAGGAAGAGGUUUUCCAGAGUGCUCUGCUGGACACAUUUUCAGCUUAUCCUUUAGUAAAUCUCUGGGUUUGACUUCUUUUGUCAGCUGCUUGCACUCAAGAGUCUACAUCCAAGCUGCAGAAUGUUUUGAGUCAUGUUACUUUGGCUUUAAAACUGGGACUGUGCAGUAUUGUGUUUUCAAAAUACAGAGCUUUAUUUCUCGAGUUUUGUAAUAACACUGUAUCAUAGUUUUGUACAUAUCUGUCCAUUUUAAAAGAUCUAUGUUUGUUGAAUCUAUAGUGUGAUACUGUGCUGAAACAUGAAUCAAGUGGAAGAGCUCGGUACAUUUCAGAACUAUUCUUUUAUAUUGCAACUCACUGUGGCUAGACUAAUGUGCAGGCUAAAGCUUAUUUUGCUUUGCUUAAUAGGACUUGUAACGUCCUUGUAACACUGGAAACUUAGAAAUGAAACUAAGAAUUAAAUCACUGAUUUGCUUUAACCAAAGCAUCGCUAUGAGCAUAUUGAGAACCGGUCAACAAAAGCAGAGAUGAGUUGAGAGCAAACAUGUGGGCAGAUUCAGUGCAGGAGACCCUGCAGAGCAGCACAGCCCCAUUGCAGCAGAAAGCUCAUUCCUGCUGGAAGAAACAGGCAUACCCCCACCAUUCCCUGCAGAACCAUGUCACUCUCUCCAGGUUUGACUUGCAGGACUGUCUCCAUCACAUUUACAGGUUUUCCCUUUUCUCCCCUCUUUUCCAGUCUCAGAGCACAUCACCCAAGCAUCAUCUUUUUGCUCUUCAGUCUAGCUCCUCUGCUCUUGGACUAGACCCCAGGCUACAAAAAUCUGAGUAUGAGAUGCAUUUUCCCAGCAGCUUUGCAACCUCCAGGUUUCCAGCAAGAGCCUGCAGCCCAGGCUGGCAGUGCACAGCCAGCUUCCUCCUCACCACCCCACUGGCUUAUUAACAGGAACAACAUCAUUUGGAGGUGCAGGACUGGGGAACAAACAGGUUUUUUGUCUAACAAACAGGUUUUUUAGUCUGUGUAACAACACAGGUUUUCUGUGUUACCUAGGGAACCUUGCCUGCUCAUGACCCACAAGCUGCUUGCUUCAGAUGCUGCAGCAUGUGUCCAUUUCUACACCUGGGUCUUUCAGCUUCCCCCAUUUCCACCCAGAGAGAGCAGCUCAUUUCCACAGAGAGAAGUUUUUUUUCUCUAUGUUCUUACCUUGGCCUUCAAAGAGAGUGUUUGGCAUUAUCUUCCCACUGCCUUUAAGAGUUUACAGAGAAAUGGGUAAUUUUGAGCCACUGGAGGCUCUUUGUUUAACAGUCAUCUGUGAAAACUAUAUUAUCUAUUCAGUCACAUCCCAAUAAGCAGACUCAAGCACAGCAUUUAUAAUUUAUUACUCCAGAGCAGCUCUGCUUCCAUUACAGUGGUUAUUCAAGAAGAGCAGGGAAACAGAAUCAGAGCAGGUCAAAGACUGAUGCUGAACUGAGAUGUGCAGUUUUACUCCCUUUGUGACAUUGAAAUAAAGCUCAUAAUCCUGAAGAUUUUUCAGUGGUUGCAAGGCCAAAUUAAUUGCCAGUAAAAGAAAAAUCACUCAUAACUACUUUGACAAGACUGUGGUCAUUUAAGCUAACGGUGAGUUUGGACCUCAAAAAGAAUUCUUGUGGUAUAUUACAGCAACUGCACAUGGACUCCAGUAUGUAAACCAGGCUGUGAUCACCACAAGUUUCUUGCUGCCAAAUAAAUGCAUAUUCCUUAAUUAA